AUGGAUGUAAGCACCCUGCCUGCCUUAAUAUUCACCUACAUCAAGAAACGACACGGCAUUCGCUUCAGUACUAACUUUUAUUCACUCAAGGUUUUUCACGCCUACACGUACUCUACAGCAGGGUGGCUCGCGCUGCAGAGCGUGCCCUUGAUUGCGGGACCAAGUAUGAUCGUAGCCAUGCUUUUGGAUGAGACUCGGCCAGCCAGCUCCAUAGAGCUAUACUUUGCACGAAGCCUUGGUUUCAGUCUCCUCGCCGUGGCAAUGUUGACCAUGAUGCUCACGGGCUCGAUCCCUCUGACAACCGGCAUUUCUCAGUCUGUUACCACCGAUGACUCGGACCCCAAGGCGCCUUAUGCCUAUCCAACUCUCAUGGUAACUUUCAUGUUUCACGCUCUCUCAGCCUUUUACACAUACACGUCGUAUGUCACUGGGGGCCAGAGUGUUUUUGCGGUUGCAGUGGCUGGAAACUCGGCCCUUGCUUUUGUUGGACUAUGGUGUGUGCUGUUCGCAAGCAGCAAUGGCAAGAUAAGUCGGCGAACUGGUGCGGAUAAGAGGACAGCUGGGUUUCCGUUCUCCAACAAGGAGGCCGAUAAGAAGCGUGCUGGGAAGAAGCGCAUUUAA